AUGAAAAUCUAUAAAUUCGCAUACUUUUCGUUGUUUGUUUCAGCUACUUCUUUUCAGCCAUCGGCAUCUCGAAAGAAUGUCAGAGCGCUGACGUUGGCUAGAAACGACGAGGAUACUCGACAGUCUAGACGAGUGUUUUUGAAUGUCAACGCUGCCGUUCUGGCAGGAUUAGCAACACAAACCCUCUUUGUCGAGUCUUCCUCAGCUGGGCUUCUAGAUGAGUAUGGUGCCGAUCCGUCUAAGAUUGAAGAGGCAGCGAAGAAGGCUGCCGCGGCAUCCGGAAGCAAAGCCAAAGUUGAAUCGACACUGGAACCAAAUCUUAGGUCCAACUACUACUACCCAACCAACAAGAAGAGAUAUCUUCCAAGAAUAAAAAAAUGUAAUGAUGCGAUCCCAGAUGCAGCAACAAUGAUUGGCAAAGGCGACUGGGAGGGUGCAGAGGUGUUCGCAACGAAAAUUGCGGAUGAUACCAUUCUUCCAAUGAAACUGUACACGUCUAGCCUUCUUGGAGGUGGUACCAAUGUGAAAGUUUCAUUUGCAAAGGAAAUGACCAAAGCAGCUGCAGAUUUUGAGAAGGCUCAAAAAGCUCUUGUUAAGGCUAUUGCGAAGAAAGAUCAGGAGAAGAGCUCCAGGGCGCUAGAAGAUCUCUCUACUGCUCUUCUUUCUUAUCGAACUGCUGGAAGGCUCCUUGGACCCGACGGGGGAGGUGACAUUCCUAGUGUUGACGAAAUUCGUCGAAGUGCAUGCCGGGUCCAGGGGCGCUCUUUUGAACAAAAGAUCAAAGCCCGCGACGCUCGGUUGGCUGAAGCUGUUACGAAACCGCAAUGA